AGAUAAGACCAGCUACGAGCGAAAAUAGGUGCCCCUGGGAUAUCCAGUUUUUACUUUUAUGGCUCACUGCUUGUCCAACUCUCUCUCUCUCUCUCUCUCUCUCUCUCUCUCUCUCUCUCUCUGAAGAUGAAAGGUGAAGGAAUGAAUAGCUCGGGGGAUGAGUGAGUGAAUAGUGCCGCGCAAGAAACACCCACCUCCGCAAGUCUGGACCGACGAAGAAGGAGCUGGGGAGAGUUUGCAAGUAUCAGGGGAAGUCAGUCACCUUUUCACACGUAGUGAGGAUCCUCUGGGAAGAAAACUCUUUUUUGAACGGUACUCCAACGAAUGAGUGCCUAUUUUCCUUCCUCCUCAGCAGCCCUGUGCCGGUGCAGUUUACGGUCCCAUUGACAGGUCUGUCUCCUUCUGUGGAUCCAGGUGUCCUGUGAAUCCCCCACGUUGCGUAAAGGAUGCAGAUUUUGGGACUUGGGACUAGGGGAUUCUUCCCAGUCUUCUUGGUCACACUGGCCACCAUUUUCACCAGCCCAGCUCAGGGUCAAGUUUCAUCUCCACGGCGACUACGUUUUAAAGUGCUGGGUUCAGACAAAUUGGUUGUGUCAUGGAAGGAGCCAAAAGGAGAUUUUGAAAGUUAUAGAUUUAUUUAUAACACUGAACCAGGUGGGAAAGAACAUGAGCAGCAGAUUUCCAAGGCAGAAAGUAAAGCGGAGAUCAAAAACUUCACUCCAGGGAAGGAGUACAGCAUAAAGGUCAUUGCUAUGAGUGGAACAGAGAGGAGUAAGCCACUGCUAGGCAAAUAUCCAGCCAAGGCAACUGUUCCUGACGAUGUCACUGCAAGUGCACCUCUACAGAAACUGAAGGACACCAGUGAGGACACCAAUGAGAUUUCAGAAGAGGAUCAGUUUGUCUGUAAGACCCCGGCGAUAGCGGACAUCGUGAUCCUGGUGGACGGCUCCUGGAGCAUCGGCAGGAUAAACUUCCGCCUGGUCCGCACGUUCCUGGAAAACCUGGUGAGCGCUUUCAACGUGGGCUUUGACCAGACCCGGAUAGGACUGGCUCAGUACAGCGGGGACCCCAGAAUGGAGUGGCACCUGAACACCCACACCACUAAGGAGACUGUGAUCGAGGCGGUGAAGAACCUGCCGUACAAAGGAGGGAACACGCUGACGGGCCUUGCGCUGAUGUACAUCCAGGAGAACAGCUUCAAGCCCGAAUCCGGCUCCCGAGAAGGCGUUCCCAAAAUCGGUAUUUUGAUCACGGACGGCAAGUCCCAGGAUGAUGUCAUCCCCCCAGCCCAAAGCCUUCGAAGCCAGGGCAUCGAGCUGUUUGCUAUUGGCGUUAAAAAUGCGGACGAGAACGAGCUGAAGGCCAUCGCGUCGCCGCCCGAGGACACGCACGUGUACAACGUGGCCGACUUCACCAUCAUGAGCAGCAUCGUGGAGGGCCUGACCCGCACGCUGUGCGAGCGCGUGGAGCAGCAGGACAAGGAGAUCAAAGGAGUGCCCGGCGCUCCGACGUCUCCUGGUGCGCCUACGGACCUGGUGACAUCGGAGGUGACGGCGCGGAGCUUCCGCGUGUCCUGGACCCCCGCGCCCGGGGAGGUGAAGAAGUACCGCGUGGUGUUCUACCCCACCCGGGGGGGCCAGCCGGACGAGGUGGUUGUGAGCGGCGGUGAGACCUCGGUGGUCCUGCCGUACCUGAACUCUCUGAUGGAGUACCAGGUCGCCGUCUUCGCCGUGUACGUCAGCUCCGCCAGCGAGGCGCUUCGAGGCACCGCGACUACCUUGGCCCUGCCCAUGGUGAACAGCCUGGAGCUGUACGACGUGUCCCACAGCAGCAUGCGUGCCCGCUGGAAGGGCGUGGAGGGCGCCUCGGGGUACAUGAUCCUGUACGCCCCGCUCACCGAGGCCGACGCCGCUGACGAGAAGGAGGUGAAAGUGGCAGAAACUGUGAAUGAUGUGGAGCUGCAGGGGCUGACCCCGGACACAGAGUACACGGUGACCGUGUACGCCAUGUACGGCGAAGAGGCCAGCGAUCCCGUGACCAGCCAGGAGACCACGCUGCCGCUGAUCCCGGCUCGCAACCUGCGGUUUUCCAAUGUUGACCACAGCUCGGUCAAGCUGACCUGGGACGCGGCCUCCCGGAAGGUCAGAGGUUACCGCAUCAUGUACGUAAAAACUGACGGGACACAACCAAAUGAGAUUGAGGUGGGUCCGGUGACGACCCAGCAGCUUCGGAACCUGACGUCACUGACCGAGUACACGGUGGCCAUCUUUGCCCUGUACCAGGAGGGCCAGGCCGAGCCCCUCACCGAGAGCUUCACCACCAAGAUGGUUCCAGAACCUCUGGACCUGAGGACCAGCGAGGUCUCCACCAACAGCUUCCGGGUCGGCUGGAAGCACCCGGCCUCGGACGUGGUGCUGUACAGGGUGUCCUGGACCCCCAUGACCGGGGGGGACACUAAGGAGAUGCUUGUGAAUGGAAAACUCAACACGUUCCUGUUGACCAGUUUACGGCCUCUCACAGAGUAUGAAGUGUCACUGUCUGCCAUCUUCAGAGGGGAAAUGGAGAGUGACGCUGUGGCCGUUAUAGAAACAACAGUGCAAAGAACAACAACUGUGCCCGCCACUACCGCAGUGGUGCGCACGGGAGUGAGGAACCUGCGCAUCAGCGACCAGACCACCUUCAGCAUGCAGGUGUCCUGGGAGCUGCAGGACCCGACGGUGCGCCAGUACCGCGUGUCUUACAUCAGCGCCCGGGGCGACCGCGCAGAGGAAACGGUCAUGGUGCCCAGCCCCAAGAACACCCUCCUCCUGCAGCCCCUGCUGUCUGACACCGAGUACAAGGUGACCGUCACGCCCAUCUACGCUAAUGGCGAUGGCUCCAGCGUCGUCCGCAUGGGCAAAACCUUGCCUCUCUCUGCUCCCCGGAAUCUGAGGGUGUCUGAAGAAUGGUACAACCGCUUCCGCAUCACCUGGGACACGCCCCCAUCGCCAACCAUGGGCUACAGGAUAGUCUAUCAGCCAAUCUCCGCACCAGGACCCGCCCUGGAGACCUUUGUGGGCGAAGAUGUCAACACCAUGCUGAUCCUGAACCUGCUGAGCGGGACGGAGUACAGCGUCAAGGUCAUCGCCUCCUACACCACGGGCUCCAGCGACGCGCUGUCCGGCAAGGCCAAGACACUGUACCUGGGCGUGACCAACCUGAACACAUACCAGGUGCGCAUGACCAGCAUGUGUGCUCAGUGGCAGCUGCACCGGCACGCCUCCCUCUACAGGGUGGUCAUCGAGUCCCUGCUCAAUGGACAAAGACAAGAAGUGAGUUUGGGGGGCGGAGCUUCCAGACACUGCUUCUACAACCUUUCACCCAACACCCAGUACAAAAUCAGCGUCUACGCCCAGCUCCAGGAAACUGAAGGACCGGCGGUCGUCGUCAUGGGCAAAACCUUUCCCGUUCCAACUGCAGCCCCGACUGUGCCCCCGACAACCUCCCUACCCACCAUUCCUCAGCCCAGAGAAGUGUGCAAAGCGGCCAAGGCCGACCUGGUCUUCCUGGUGGACGGGUCCUGGAGCAUCGGCGAUGACAACUUCCACAAAAUCAUCCGUUUCCUGUACAGCACGACAGGCGCGCUCGAUCAGAUCGGCCCGGACGGGACCCAGGUGGCCAUCGCUCAGUUCAGUGAUGACGCCAGAACGGAGUUCAGGCUCAACUCUUACAAUGACAAGGAGAGCCUGCUGGAGGCCAUUCAGCGCAUACAGUACAAGGGAGGAAACACCAAGACAGGACGAGCGAUCAAACACGUGAAAGACUUCAUCUUCACUGUGGAGGGGGGCAUGAGGAGGGGCAUCCCCAAAGUACUGGUGGUGCUGACAGAUGGCCGGUCUCAGGACGAUGUCAAUAAGGUUUCCAAGGAGAUGCAGAUGGAAGGCUACAUCGUCUUCGCUAUCGGGUUCGCGGACGCAGACUACGGGGAGCUGGUGAGCAUCGCCAGCAGGCCCAGCGAGAGGCACGUCUUCUUCGUUGAUGAUUUAGACGCCUUCAGGAAGAUCGAGGAGCAGCUGGUGACCUUCGUCUGCGAAGCUGCCUCAGCAACGUGUCCCUCUGUCCAGAUGAGUGGCAGCACCUUAGCAGGCUUCCGGAUGAUGGAGAUGUUCGGACUGGUCAGUGGCCAGUAUGCAGGUGUAGAGGGCGUAUCCAUGGAGCCCGGGACGUUCAACAGCUUCCCCUGCUAUAGGCUGCACAAGGAUGCCCUCAUCUCCCAGCCCACAAAGUACCUGCACCCCGAAGGCCUGCCGUCUGACUACACCAUCACAGUGCUGUUUCGUCUGCUCCCUGAAACUCCCCAAGAGCCCUUUGCAUUGUGGGAAGUCCUAAACAAAGAAAACGAGCCCCUGGUGGGCCUCAUCCUGGACAAUAGUGGGAAAACCCUCACAUUCUUCAACUACGACUACAAGUCAGAGUUCCAGACAGUGACCUUUGAGGGGCCAGAGAUCAAAAAGCUCUUCUAUGGAAGUUUUCACAAGCUCCACAUGGCCAUCAGCAAGACCUCAGCCAGGGCUGUCAUCGACUGCAAGCUGGUGGGAGAGAAGCCCAUCAAUGCGGCAGGCAACAUCACCAUGGACGGGGUGGAGGUCCUGGGCAGGAUGGUGCGCUCCCGAGAGAAGAGAGACAAUUCGGCACCGUUCCAGCUCCAGAUGUUCGACAUCGUCUGCAGCACCUCGUGGGCCAGCCGGGACAAGUGCUGCGAGCUGCCGGGCCUGCGAGUGGAAGCAGACUGCCCGGCUAUGCCCAAAGCGUGCACCUGCACCCAGGACAGCAAAGGCCCACCCGGCCCCUCCGGACUCCCUGGCGGACCGGGAAUCAGAGGUGCCAGAGGGGAUCGAGGGGAACCAGGCCAUGUGGGGCCCCAGGGUCCGGCAGGAGAGAUCGGUGCGCCAGGACCUCAGGGCCCCCCGGGCCCCCAGGGCCCCAGCGGACUAUCCAUUCAGGGGCCGCCGGGAGCACCUGGGGAGAAAGGAGAGAAGGGUGAAGCUGGCCCUCCUGGACUGCAGGGUGUCCCUGGACCUGCUGGGACACCAGGCCGGGAUGGGCCUGCGGGACAGAGGGGACUGCCUGGGAAAGAUGGCCCCCAGGGACGGCAAGGUCCAUCAGGAACCAUUGGCACCCCUGGAGCUCCAGGGUCCCCAGGGCAGACCGGACCCCCGGGGUCACUCGGUAAUCAAGGUCCGCCGGGCCCUCCUGGUGGCAGAGGAGAGAAGGGUGAACGAGGUGACAUGCAAUCCCAAACUGCCGUCCAAGAAAUCGCCCGUCAAGUCUGUGAACAACUGAUUCAGAGUCACAUGUCUCGCUACAACUCGAUCCUCACCCACGUCCCCGUUCGGCAAGCCAUUGUGCGCUCCGCGCCUGGACCCCCGGGGGAGCCAGGGCGGCAGGGGUCUGCUGGGCCCCAGGGAGAGCAGGGCCCACCAGGCAGGCCAGGGUUCCCUGGGGGCAAUGGGGAGAAUGGGCAGCCAGGAGAGAGAGGGUUCCCGGGAGAGAAGGGAGAAAAGGGGAUCGCAGGGGUGGGCAUCCAGGGCCCCAGAGGCCCCCCAGGGCCCCCAGGUCUGCCAGGAGAGGGGCGAACUGGCAACCAGGGGCAGCCAGGCAGACCUGGCAACUCUGGCACUCCGGGGCGGCCGGGCAUCCCUGGCCCCACCGGCCCUGCUGGGCCCCCCGGGUACUGCGACCAGAGCUCCUGCAUGGGCUUCAAUGUCGGAGGUGGAAAUGGUGGUGGCCCAACUGAUCGAGAUGUUCCCUUAGUACAAUCACCUCCCAACCCCUACCAACCGUACAACCCCACUGAAAACGAAGAGGAGGAGGACGACUCUUAUGACCCUUACCACGCGUACCCUUCCGAGUACUACCAGCCCAACUACCCCGCCCCCCGCCCCGUCCAGCCGGACGAUGACACCGUCGAGGUGAGGUCACCGGGAAUCCACCGUGUUGGCAGAAGCCUGUCUGUAAAGAAGAGAGGCUCCGCCCGAAAGGUGGAGGGGCGACUGAACAAACGCACAUCAGGGACACUCAACUGAAAGGACUGGAGCAUGCUCACGGAGCUAAAUGGGAGUUAAUAAAGCAUUAGUUCUUGGAGGAACCAACCGGGUGUGCUAUCACAGGCAAAUCCGAAAAAAGUGCCUGAUGUUUGUUUUGUUUUUUGUUUUUUUUGUUUUUGUUUUUGUUUUGGGUGGGGGGGGUGGAAAGGGAGGGGGGAUGGAGGGAGAAUCAAGAUUAAGUCCACUUUUCUUGAUUUGCAUGAAGCUUUGGAGACAGUGUGAACGUUGAUUGUAUAAUUGGCUUAUAUAAUGUUUGUUAAUGUGCUGUAAGCUUCUUUUGUAAAUGCCUUACACCAUGGUGAACAUUUGUACAGUUUGUGUUAUUGUUUUGAAAAUGUCUCCUAUAGAUUUCCACACAUGUUGUCUGGUAAUAUACAAUUAUUCUUCUGCCAAUAUUAUAUUUGCAACAAGCUUUACAAGGUUAUUUAUUGGGGAGAAAUAUCCUACUUUAUGAUACACUUGUAUCGCAUUCAUGUGUGGUGGCACUCAUAAAUGUGGAAGAGAACCUUAAUUCUUAUUCGAUCCUUCAUUAUCUAAAGGUAAAUAACAAUAUGAAUGUUAACAGAACAUAAGAAAUCACUCAUGUGUCCUUCAUGUCACAUUUAUGCAGAAUGUGAAAUAUACACAGAAUCGUGGGAUAAAGGAACAGUUUGGAAAUUUUCUUUUUUUUUUUUCUCACGUGAAAUAGUGUCAUCAUGCUGUCUGUUUUCUCAAGGAGAAGUUGAUAAGAUGUGCUAUAUGAUAAGAUCUACACAGUUCAUUACAUCUCUGGCUGAAUCUGUGAAAUAUAUUUUGCUGCCUAUUUUAGGCUUAUUGUCGGUUUCUUGGAUAAUGAUCUGCAACAUGGGGGACCAUUGCUUUUUCACAUUGUACGUGUGUUGAAUAGUUAGGCCUGUGGUCUAAUGCCCUUUCAGAGCUUAAAUAAAAACCUAAAAUUGGCCACUAUGGAAUGUCAACCAUGGAAUCAUCAAGGAACUUUUGAAUCAAGAAAGUUAUUUAUUUUCGCUUUUUUACCAAUAAAAUCCGAAGUACAACCGUGA